AGCCCCUGGACUGGUAACAAAAUAACAAAAGCAUCGAACGUUGCAACAGUAACGGGGCUCUCCCACCUUUGCGUCCUUCCUUGUUUUGUCCGGUGCACGCUGGAGCGCCCACUUUAUCCGAUUGCUGGGAGCUGUCAGGCUGUAGUGAAGCCCAGAAGGGAUCUGCGGUUGGUUGUUUAUCUGGAGGAGGGAGGAGGCGGGGAGACUCGAAACUGCCUGUGUCCCAUUUCCUCUCGUGUGCGUGUAUGUGUGUGUGUGAGUGUGGUUUCCCCCCCUCCCUCGCUCCAGCCCUGGAUUCUCCAUGUUGGACCCGAUCUGAGGAGUAUCUACGUUGCUGCCUUUGCAUGCAGCUUACUCCAGGGCUUUGCAACUGAAGGAGGAGUGGACAACACCCUCCCUCCCCCACUGCACUCCCCCCUGUUCCUCCUCCUCCCUGGACGUUUCCCUCCUUUCCCCUUCCUCCUCCUCCCAACCAAAGGAUCCCCAGGGUCUGUGGGAUUGUUAGAUGGAAAGCCGGUCUAUCAUCACCCAAGUGCAGAGGGACGAAGCCUUGGUGCUUUCGAAGCAAGUCUUGGUGUCCAGAUCUUCCCCCAAGAAGCCUCGUGGCCGGAACAUCUUCAAGGCUCUUUUCUGUUGCCUUCGCGCACAGAAUGUCGGGCAGUCAGCCUUUGGUGGAGAGCAUGGGCCACACAAGGAGGAAACCAACACCAUUGCCAAGUCUGAUCUGUUGCAGUGUCUUCAGUACCAGUUUUACCAGAUUCCUGGGACAUGCCUUCUCCCCGAGGUGACUCAGCAGGACCAGGGCCGCAUCUGCGUAGUGAUCGAUCUGGAUGAGACCCUUGUGCACAGCUCCUUCAAGCCAAUCAACAAUGCCGACUUCAUAGUGCCUGUCGAGAUAGAGGGGACAACCCAUCAGGUGUACGUGCUGAAGAGGCCGUUUGUAGAUGAGUUCCUGAGGCGGAUGGGGGAGCUGUUUGAAUGUGUGCUGUUCACUGCCAGCCUGGCUAAGUAUGCAGACCCAGUAACUGACCUGCUGGACAAGUGUGGAGUCUUCCGAGCCCGCCUCUUCCGGGAGUCCUGCGUAUUCCACCAGGGCUGUUAUGUUAAGGACCUUAGCCGGCUGGGACGUGAUCUACGCAAAACUCUGAUCUUGGACAAUUCUCCUGCUUCCUAUAUCUUCCAUCCAGAAAAUGCGGUGCCGGUUCAGUCUUGGUUUGAUGACAUGGCGGACACCGAGCUGCUGAACUUGAUCCCGAUCUUUGAGGAGCUGAGUGGAGCAGAGGAUGUUUAUACCAGCCUCGGCCAGCUGAGGGCACCCUAAGGCCCUCCCAGCCCUAUGCCCGCAGGGGAACUUUUUCACUCAGUGCCUUCAGUAUUGGCCAGGAAAGAAGGGGAAUCGUGCAAGUGUUCUCCACGACCCUACCACAAGGUGGAUGCAAGCACUUUGGAGGCAAUAAUGUGCCUGGCCACCCAGAGCAGUUUCCAAGCAGGGUAUGGCUGGAUACCAGAGUUGCCUCUGGCCUUUCCACCAAAAGCAGGAACUUCAACGACAGAGACACUCCAUCCCCAAUAGCUCUCGUAUCUAUGCACUGCAAGGACACAGGGAACAUCAAGAGGACGCACCAUUUCUCCCAGGUCUCUGCUUCCUCCCUGCCCCCUCCAUUUGCUGCAGGAUGAUUAGCUCAGGGUGUGGUUUGUGUGGCUAAGAGUACCCGGCUCCCACUUUCCCCACUGAGUCUAAAGCAAUGCCAAAAGAUUUGGCCGGCGGUUUUUAGAAGCUAUAUGCCCUCCCUCUCCCUUUUGGGUGCUCUGAGAGCACUCCCACCCUGAGCCACAGCCAUGGGGCCUAGAAUCUUUGCCCCCUUAUACUCUCUCAGUCUGGGCAGGGAGCCCAGAUGGCCCUCAGAUACUUCAGUCCUAGUCUGGUGUCCUCACGUGGACUCUGGUUCUUCAGCGACACGUGCUGCUAGAUCUCUUGGAGGGGAGGGACUUGCCUUGCCUUUUGGUAACUGGCUGGAGAGAUAAAUUUGUUCUAGCGCAGCCAUUUUGUGAGGUCUCCUUUAUCCUUUCCCCUUUCAGCAUUUCCCCUUCAGAACAGUUAAGUCUACACUUGGAGGUUUCAUGGUCCCUAGUUAUCCUACUGGCUUUGGGGAGAUGUAAAACAUAUUUUCACACUCUGCCUUGUUACUGGGUUAUACCUGACGGUGAAAGGUAAGGCCCAGAGGGAGAGAGAUGCUUGCAAAAAAAAAAAAAACCCCAACACCCUCCAAUAUUAAAGCAGUGGCAUAGCAUCGGUAAGGGCCAGGAUUAAGUCAGCCAGCCCAGCUGGUGACUCCCGCCCCCCCCCACUUACCAGCUAACCUCCACCCAGAACCACACUCCGUAUGGCUUUAGGGCUGACAUUACAGAGCUUCCCCUGGCCUUGCACUCUGGCCUGGUGUUGCUUCUUGGGGGCCAGGCAGCACCUCUGCCUUAAGCUGCCCCCCAGUCGGCAGGUUACCAUGCCCAUGGGGAUGCCUCCGCACGGUCCGCUCUCCCACCCUUUCAGAGCGAAUGCUAGCCCAGUGGGUAGGAUGCGACUUCGGUCCAUAGCUGGCUUGCCCGGCUGCUUACCUCCGUUGUUGGUGCCCUGGCAUGCCAGCAGACGUAGCCUGCUUCAAACUCAGGACACUUCACCCGGCUCCGUUGUUGCUGUAACUUGAAAACCCAGCCCCUCGGGUGCCCUCAGGGAAUCAUGGACUAGCAUAUUAGGGGCAGGGCGGGAGGGCAGGGCAGAGGCCAUGGUUCCUCUCGUGUGCACACAGCCUGCUCCCUGUCGAUUGCUUUGUGUUCUAGGGGGAGACUUCACGACUGCCUUCGUUUUCUUCCCGUGCCCUGCCGCUGCUAACAGCCAGUAAAUGUGCCUCUUUCCUGUCAGGCUUUCUUGAGGACCAGGCCCCAGAGGAGGGCUGGGCCUACCUGCAUCUCUCCCCACACCUCUUCCCCUCCACAUUUUCAAAUGGUAUCAGCUCUGGAGAAACCAAAUGUAGACAGGGUUCUUGUUCAUGUUUGUAUUACAUGGAGCUUCUGCAAGCACCCGUUCUCUCCCUGCCCUCCUCCAUGGUAUGGUACGCUGCCCUUUUUAGUCAUGUCUGAUGUGCUGUGAACAAGCAAGUGCUUUCCAAGUGCCAUGGGGCCAGGGGAUGGGGGAAACCAAAUAUGUCAAUGAAGCCAGCUUGCUUUUCCUCCCUUUCCUGCCCACAAGCAAUACAUUGCAAGUGACUCCGUGUUUUGCCAUUGUCGUGGGCAGGGGGCGCCUUUCUGUGCUCUUUUUCUUUCUCUCUGUUGCUGCCUCAUUGGCUUGGGUCCAGGGGGAGGGCUGUCGUAGGUCAUCUCAUCACCUGGAUGGGAAGCUUGAAAGGACCAAAGCUUCAAGCCUUGCUGUUGGUUGUAUGAACAGGCUGUUCUCAGCUUGGCAAAGUGCUGCUUGAAGUUUGUGUGUAAUUUUAGGUUCACUGAUUGGCUACUAGGGGUGUGUGUGUGUGUGUGUGUGUGUGUGUGUGUGUGUGUGUGUGUAGAUUGGACCCCAGCUAAUGCUUGAAAGGAGUCUCUCUCUCCCCUCUGCUGGCUUCAUUUUCAGUAUGAGGCCUUUCCCUCUCCUCACCUCGGCUGCUGGUGGUCCACAUCCCCUUACAGGGGGUCUCUGACUUUGCAGAAGGGAUAGUUUCUUCUUGUACUAUGGGACUUGUAGUUCAAUAUGCUGUUGUUUCUUUCCAGGACAAAAAGCAGCGAGAGCUUUAAACGCUGCAAAGUUAAUGAAUGCUGGAAAGAACAAAAACCUCUUUGUUUCUCCUUCCUGGUUGAGCCCAUGUUCACAGCUUUGUCUUUGCCCUUUGUCAGAUGAGGAGGAAUCACCUCCUUCCCUCCCCCACUCCACCCCCCCUCCCCGAACUCUGCCAGGAGCUGUUCUGGCCCAUUAUUCAAUGUGAAAUUGGCUCCUCCUGGUUCCUUCACUGCACUAAACUGUGAAACCCUCCAUCUGAUGAAAACUGUUGCAUUAGCGGUGACACUCCACGAUUGUGUUCCACAUUCCUCCCAAGCUGGCAAACAUUGAUCUAUACUUUGUUCCAGACUUACUUAUUUCUCGCCAUCCCUAAAUACAGGUUUCAAAUGGGAUUGAGACAACCAUAUUUCCCCCCUUCCCAGGUUGCAUGGCAGGCGCCAUGUGAUGAGAUUUGUGUGGAGCUGGUUUUAUCUGAAAAACCACCACAUGAUUCACUGGGAUGCCACCACAAAAUGGUGGAGAUGUGUUUGCAGGAAGUACGGCAGCAUUGGAGGCUUUCAGGCAAUCCAGCUCGGGGAAACUUAGUUGUGUUGAAUCCAUAGUAAGGGGGCACCUGCCAUAUUGCCCACUGAUGGACAUUCCCACUCUGAGGGUGAGGCUUUCAAGUCUUGUUUUAAUAGCCAUAAUGAUACCUGGGUCCAAUUGCCAAUGUCGGGAUUGUGCCUUGAUCGAACCUAGCUGGUGAUAAGGGUAAUAUACCAGCCAAUGGCAGCCCUAGCACUUAACCAAGGGCUCCUUUUAGGAGCGCCAGACACACACCCUCCACCAAAGCCACUACACCUGCUGACUUUUGCUGUUCCUCUUACAUCUAAUCAUGUUUGGUUCUCCCAUUUUCAUAUAGGGAGCUGUGGCUGGCUGCUUUUGAGUAACAGCAGCCCUGGGCUUUCCCUUUCUCUCCCCACCUCACAGAAGUGUGAAGACAGCGGUUGCCUUUGUCACAUGUUCUCACUUGCUGGGUUGUUUUGUUCUUGUUUUUAAAAUUUUGUUUUAAUAAAAAAUAAAUAAAUCCCAAAACUUGAAGCCGGCACUGUUGCCGUUCCGAUCUCUUUCUAUUUUUGGAAUCUUUGUAUUAACUACAAUUAAAGAAAUUUAAAGAAAAA